AUGUCGGCUAUUCUCCCGAUUUUGCGGAUUCUCCCCCAAAGACCCUUGGCGGAUGUUGCAUCUAGAUACGAAGGAAAAUUCCUGGAAAAGGCGCAGCGACAGCUAAAGGGAUUGAAUGUUCAAGGCGCGACGAUAAGGCUCGGCCGACCAAGGACAGGGUCAUACUCAAUUCUUUGGUCAAGUUCUCUAGUGGCAACAUUUUCAGUGCCAUCCACGACAUCCGUGACACUAUCCGGGUCAGCGUCGACCAUGAAAGACCAAGGAAAUGUCCACUUUAAGGCCGGACUACUAGAAGAAGCUGCGAAAUGGUAUGGAAAGGCCGAGAAAUUGGAACGACACAACGCGAUUUAUCCCUCAAAUCUCAGUGCUGCUUACUAUGAUGAGCCAAACCCCGCCCUUUCCCUCAAGCUGGUUACACGACUUUCGAAAGCCCUAAGUUGCGGUGUUCAGAGUGGCGCAAUAACGUUCAAGGGUCUUGAAGUCAACCUGUCAACCAUCAAUGAACUUCGCGUCAUUGCCGAAACGGGGCUCAAGACGCAUCGUCAAGACUUGCCGCUCUUCCCUUUGGGCGAAAAAUUGUGUACGGAUACCGGUCUGGGGGACUAUACUGUCGCUAAAGCCUCUUCCGUAGGACGACAUGUUCCAAGUUCAACAAUUGGGCUUCAUCAAGCUUUCACAAAACUUAAUGGAAAGAAGCGCAAGGCGCUCAAUGUCCACUUUACUCUUAAUGACUUGCGUCCUAGGGCUUUGGCGCUCGACCUUUGUCUCUUGUUCCUGAUCGAAGACCUCAUACUAACGCGAUCUCAAGAAGAGAACAAAGUUAAAGAAGCCGAGAUUAAAGCUACCAUCCUUUACACGUGGACAGAUUUCAUUAUGCCUGCUUACUGCCAGACGUGGUACGUCACUAUCAAGUCCACAGCCUUCGAAUGUUCACUCAGACCUUCUAGAUUCGAGAAAAUCGUGAAACCUUUGCUCAAACGCCCCCAAGAGUCGCCACCGAAUCUAACCCGCCUGGAUCUACGUCACUGA